AUGAGACGGAUACCCAGGCCUUUCGAGAAUAUCUCUCUUUCUGAUGAGGACGCCAAUAUCUCGGAUCAUAUUGAUGCUUCGCCUACUGGUCACGGUAGCGCUCGAAAUAUCGCCCCACCUCAAUCUAGAAUACGGAGAGUCCUAUUGACAUUACGAGACACACUUCAGACUUCGUUCAAUUCUCUUGGACUCGGCCGAUUGUACCCCCGCCGCCCAUCCUUCGAGCCAGACAAAUUCGUUCCAUCCGAGCUACUCUCAACGACGUGUCCAAUUAUCAUGGGGGAGACUGAUUCGCCUGGUAUUCUCCCACCUCCUUAUCCUUUUCCUAACAUGACGGUCUACCGGCUGAUGUCUUGGAUGAAUUCCGGAAGCAAUCAGAAAUCCGAGACUGAAGUCGCUCGUCUCGUCAAGGAAGUAAUGCUGGCGAAAGACUUCGACAUAGCGCACCUAGAGGACUUCUCAGUAAAGAACAAUUUGCGAAAAUUGGACGACGACCCCAGCGGCAAGAAUAUCAAGUUUCCAGAUGACUGGACUCAAGCCAAUGUCACUAUCGAUAUUCCUACAAAAUUGGGUGAUGGCGACACUAGAUCUUUUCUCGUUCCAGGGUUCCAUUUCCGCCCACUCGUUGAAGUGAUCAGGUCGGCUUUCGCUGAUAUUCAAGCGAGCGCAUUCCAUCUCUCACCUUUUAAGCGUCUGUGGAAGGAUCCGUUGGACGGUCAUGAAGAGCGAAUAUUCGAUGAGUUGUACACGUCUGACUCAUGGCUAGAUGCCCAGGAUGAGCUGCAAAAGCUCCCAAAGGAGUCCGGAUGUUCACUGGAACGGGUAAUAGCUGGCCUCAUGUUUUUUUCCGAUGCCACACAUCUGGCGAACUUCGGAACGGCGAAAGCCUGGCCACUUUAUAUGUACUUCGGAAACCUGACCAAAUAUGCACGUUCUGCACCAAAUUCUGGUGCAUGUCACCUUGUAGGGUUUUUACCGUCGCUGCCUGAUAAGGUCAAAGAUAUUAUAAGCAACUUGCCUCGAAUAUCGAAGAGUGGCAUGGCCGCUCUUCACGCUCAUUGUCGACGCGAGUUGUUCCACGCAUGCUGGGAUACCUUACUAGAUCAAGACUUCAUUCAAGCAUACCGCCAUGGUAUCGUACUAAAAUGUGCCGAUGGAGUGUUACGCAGGGUAUUUCCUCGUAUAUUCACGUAUUCAGCUGACUAUCCCGAAAAGGUCUUAAUUGCUACCAUCAAAGACAUGGGCUCAUGUCCCUGCCCGCGCUGUCUCACGCCAAAAAGUCUGUUCGCCUCUCUAGGCUUCCUCAAGGACAUGAAGAGUCGUCUCGAUAAUCUCCGAGUCUACGUCAAGGCUAAUAUCUUCACGGCACGAGAAUAUAUUUAUAAGUGGGGAAACACUGUAGACGGUACGAAAGUUGAAGAGGCGCUUGGAGAGGGCUCCUGGGUGCCUGUUAUGAACAAAUUUGUCGAGAAGCUCGGAGCCCUGCACCUCGACCCAUUCCGGAUGCUCGUCGUGGAUCUCAUGCAUGAGAUCCUAUAUGCACUGCCAGGCGGAGCUCAGCUAGUUGCAACCUUAGACUCCAGAUUUCGUCAGAUCCCAACCUUCGGUAGUGGGGUAAUUCGAACCUUUGCAAAUAACACAUCUGACAUGAAGAGGCUGGCCGCGCGGGACUUCGAAGACAUUUUACAGUGUGCAAUACCAGUAUUCGAAGGGCUGUUUCCCGCCAGUCAUGACAUGAUUGUGCAGACUCUUUUGUAUAGAUUCGCUCAAUGGCAUGCACUUGCCAAGUUAAGAAAUCAUUCGGAGUCGACCCUUGGUUUCUUCGAGGACACAUUCAAAACUCUCUCUCGACAGUUACGGAAAUUCCGUGACUUUACGUGCACCGCCUUUAACACUGUAGAAUUACAAAAAGAGACGGCAGCUCGCCAACGAAGGUUGGCUCAACGUCCCGAAUCCAGUAAUGUGGCUUCUUCGGAAUCCAGUGGGCCAAGAACGAAAAAGUUCAAUUUAAAUACCUAUAAGUUUCACGCAAUGGGUGACUACGUGCGCACUAUCAAGCUCUUCGGCACUACCGACUCUUUUACUACUCAGAUCGGAGAACUGGCGCACAGAAUCUUGAAGGCAUUCUAUCCGUUAACGAGCAAGCUGGACACUCCGGCACAGCUAGCAAAACACGAGCGUAGGCGUCGUAUGCUACGGCGAGUUAGGGAAGCAGCAAAUGACACCUUGUCAAGUGACCAAAUUCCGGCCAACUCUCCUACUCCACUGUGUCCUCAAGACCAUUAUUUUAUAGCAAGUAGUCGAAAUAAUCCAGUUUCGCUGUUCGCAUUCCUUCAGAAACACGACAACGAUCCAGCUACUAAGGGCUUCAUCCCGAAACUCAAGGACCAUAUCUUGUACAGGCUAAACAAGCUGGAUGUCAGUGAUUGCGAUCACAUGUUUACGGACGAGGAGCGCAACAAGGUCAUCAUACCUAACAAUAUGGUCUACUCGGUCCAGACGAUGAAGGUACACUACACUACUUACGACAUGAGGCGCGAAUAUGAUACUAUCAACCUCUGCACACACGCAGAUGUGAUGGUGCUUUCUGGAGAAACCGCCCCUACUCACCCAUAUUGGUAUGCUCGCGUACUCGGUAUCUAUCACAUAGAUACUUGGCUUCAAGGGUCUUGUGGUCGCACCGAAGCACAGCGUGUCGACGUUCUCUAUGUCCGAUGGUUUGCAUCAUUGAUACCGUCAGAAUAUCAGUCUGGCAUGCAGCGCGCCCGCCUUCCCAAGGUAGCAUUCGUGGAGGAGUCGGACCGCGACGCGUUCGGAUUUCUUGAUCCAGGUCAAGUGAUUCGAGGGGCUCAUUUAAUCCCUUCAUUCGCUUCGGGGCGCGGUGUGAGUGCGCUUCGCUAUGGAAAAUCUUUAGCACGUCCCAAGGAAGAACAAGAUGACUGGGAAGAGUAUUAUGUCGGCAUAGCUACUAGUUUUGUUGACCGCGAUAUGUUCCUGCGCUAUACUGACUUGGGUGUAGGACAUCCAGUAUCUUUGCGGAGAGCUGUUAGAGAAUGUUUUGGCUUCCGGUCAGUAGCACCUGUGGAAGCCAUGGACAUCGGCGAAGGUAGACUCGGAAAUGAUGGUCAGGACUACGAAGAAAAUUCCGAUGAAGAACGGAUGGACUGUGAAAGUGAUCUUUGCGAGGAGUCGGAAGACGAAGGUGAUGGACUUGAGGAAUCCGAGUCGGAAUUGGAAGAUACAGGAGAGCCUGACGACGACUCAGAAGCUUCCGCAUCAGACCUUCAAAGCUUGAUCAAGAGGUUGGGAGAGGACGAGAGAAAAGUACUUGUUGGUCAUCUGCACGCGUGGGCCAGUCAACAAGGGCAAGCAAAACUUAGGGCGGUUACGGUGCAGGUAUACAGGCUCAUCAUCGACGCUUUACAGCGAGAAGCUUCUCCGCAUGCCGCUGCCCUGUUCGUCGAUGUUCAAGAGAUCUUGGACGACAGCAUUCAGUCGCUGACCCUGUUGGAUGGCGAUGGCGAUGGCGAUGGAAAAGACAUGGAUGUUGACGUGGAAUGGCAACCGCCGUACCAGGCAAUGCUUGCUGUCUCGAAGCUCUUGCAGACCUUGCCUGAGCAUACGCUUGAUGCGAUAAAAACCACCCAGGACAAACUCGUCCCAUACCUCCUCUUUCCACACGCUUGGGUACGCUCAGCAGCUUGUCAGCUGUUGGGCGUGUUCUUCGCAUUUUACGGCCCUACCCCCACUCUCGAGAAUUCGCACCUUACCCUCCAGUCGAUGAAAGAUAUUGCAGAGAAGCUAUGCACACAGUUGAAGAGCUCCAAUCUCGACGCACCUCUCGGUCUACAGAUUGUGCAGAACCUUUUCUUCGUAGGAAAACUACUCUGCACUGUCCCCUCUUCUUCGCCCUUCGGGAGUAAUACCAACCACACAGCCGAGACGGACUCGGAUGGUGGUGAGAGCGAUGACUCCGCUGAACAAUCAAAACCUACGCAAAUGAGCCGAGAAAAAAGCUCUCAGGAUCCCCUACCUUGGCUCUUCUCCAAGUUGUCGUAUCAAGCUCGCUCAGCCCACAUCGCGCGGCGGAACCGCGGUAAUGCCCCUAAUCAAACAACCUGGUCGUUGGCUCCCUUGUCCAUUCUGCGCUUCUUUGCUGCUAUGGCGUCUCACAUGGAGGCCACGCAACUUGAGCGGUUCUUGACGCACAUACUUACAUUUGUUUAUCGGAUAACGGAGGACGAUACAAUCCGCAAUGCCGGAAUGGAGGAGCUGAAAGUUACGGCCACCGAACUUCUUGACUUGCCUCAAAACAAAGUUGGCACGACGGUUUUUGCCAAUACGUACAACCGCAUCAGGCAGGGAGCAUCUAGCAUCCAGCAAGAAAGACGAGUAGCGCGGGCCACGAAGGCGACCACCAACCCAGAAGCUGCUGCCAAACGGAAAUUGGCUCGAAAUGUAGGCAAGAAGGAAAGCCGGAAGAGAAAGAAUCGUGCCUUUGCUAUGAUGGAAUCGGGGAACGAUUCGGGCAGCGCUCCAAGUCAGGCUCAGGGAGUUUCCCUGUGUAUCCCGACGUCUCCGCAUGCCAGAGCGAAGCGAAGGAUUGCGGCUCUUGAGGAGGAGGUCGAAAUUAUGAAACAGGACAGGGUAACAAAACAGAGGAAGACGAUCUACUAUGUCUCGCAGGGACGAGCGAUCCGCCGUAUGGUCGCCCUUUAUACUCCCAUGGAGGACCUUAUUGCCGAAAACGACCGGCGCUGUGAAGACGGCGACAGUGACGCUACUGUUGAACAAGAUCGCUACCAACGUGGCUAUAUCGAACUUUGCAAGACACUACCAUGGAUUCACCAGAAACUAACAAACCUCAAACGAGGUGCGGACUCGGCUCGUGGCGAUGACACAGGCACUCUCAAGGAGCUCAUUGCAUCGUGGGUGAACAUCGAGCGUAAUCCGACUCCGCUUCUCAGGACCGAUGACAAGCACCACCGGGGCUUCGUGAAUGAUGAAUGUGGUCGCCUGCUCUGUCCAGCGGAAUGGCGCUGGGACGAUCCAACCGUCAGGGCUGGGAUUCGUGACCGCACAGCUGCUUACAUCGUCUCCGAGAACUCAUGGCCGAUAUUUAUGUAUGAAGGCUAUGAGGCUUCCGUCAAGAAUCUCGAGCGCGGCCUCAUGAAGUCAAAGUUAUUGGUCAUGGGCUUCAAGGCCAUUUUCACUUCUCCGUCCUCUGCCAAUGAAGUAGAUGGGGACGGGGAUGGUGCCGAUAUUCUGGAGAACAACCGACGCGCCCGGAGACGAUCAGACCAAGCAAGAGUCAAGACUUGCGUCGCCUCCAUCAUAGGCAUGAGGAAGGUGAGUCCUCGCGCGAUUGCCUACACUGCUUGUCAGGUCCGAUUUGCUCUUUCAAACAUCACCUCCUGGCGCACCGUGGAUGCGGACUUCGAUUAUCAAUUGUUCUGGAACAACAUCGUAGAUUUUUUCGAAGAUGCGCCAGGUCCAGCCGCGCGAGCUAGGGUAAAUGCGCUUCUGGAAUGGUGGACAAGGAAAGUUUUUGGACGAAAUCACCGACAGGACUUGACGCUGGAUGUCAUUUCCCAGAUGUCCGUCAGUGCUCUCGCUGCCCAGAGACUGGAGAUGGAGGAGGCCCCGUUCGACUCUGACUAG